UCUGCGAGGAACCCCCUACAUCAGGUCACCUGACAGGUGUAGAAGGUUUUUUCUAAUGGCCUAGGUUUGCUCAACCCUAGAUGAAACAAUGUUUGACUAACAAUCAUUCUUCCCUUUCAGCAAACUUCGUCUUCCACAGCAGGGCUACAUGGGCCUAGUUUCCUUUCCCUCAUUCCCCUGAAUGGUUCUAACCUCCAUUUCUGUGCUGUCAUUAUGCUUAGAGAAUUUUUCUGCCUACUUUUAUUAUUAGAGUAUACUCAAGGAAUAAAAUGGGGAUUCUCAUUACUUAAGUAAUGUUGAGAUUUGGUGGGUUUAUGGAAGAAUACAUGGAUCUAAAUGAUAUCCUGUGCUUGUAAGAUGUCAAGACGGGCCAGGUGCAGUGGCUCACACCUGUAAUCCCAGCACUUUGGGAGGCCAACACAGAUGCAUCACCUGAGGUCAGGAGUUCAAAACCAGGAUGGCCAACAUGGUGAAACCCGGUCUCUACUAAAAAUACAAAAAAUUAGCUGGGUGUGGUGGUGCACACAUGUAGUGCCAGCUACUCUGGAGGCUGAGGCAGGAGAAUCGCUUGAACCUGGGAGGCGGAGGUUGCAGUGAGCAGAGAUAGUGCCACUGUACUACAGCCUGGGUGAUACAGCGAGACUCUAUCUUAAAAAAAAAAAAAAAAAAAAAAAGUCAAGAGGUCCAGCACAUUCUUCUAGGAACUUGUCUCAUGAGAAUGGGGAGAUGUGGUCUAUCUCAAGUUGCCUAAAUCCUUCCUUGAAUAGACGUGGAGAUGGGUUUUUAAUUCACAUAGAGAGAGAGAUUAUAUACUGUACUCUUUCUUAAGCGUAUUCUUUUCCUAAGAUAUCUGCUCUCAUUUCAACUGUGAAUGCAUAAAAUCUUAUUUGAUGCUGCUUUUCUGGGUAGUCCUUCUUGUCUAUAUAAUUUUUGGCUUUAGAAAGAUCAGGAGCAGUAACGGGAGCAGUAACUCAGAAGUUCCCUGAAAAGAAAGAGCUGCCCCAGACAUCUGAGAGCUGGUCUGGUGUUCUGUAGCAUGUAAACAAUUUCACAGAACAUUAUUAACAUCAUUAAAACCUGUGACCAUGAUGGGUCAAGACAAAAUACAAGGCCACUCUGUAAUCAGGUCUGAGUGCAGACAAAAAUAUGAAUAUUUUCCAACUGGAUUCAAAAAUAAUCAAGCAGCCCCUUAAACUGGCCAAUAUGAGUGACUGCUGCUUCCUUUCAAAUUACAUCUGUCGCCUUGGUCUAGUCUUCUUUUUUUCCAGACACAAUUUAAGAUACCCAAUUAUAGAAUCAUUUCUGCUUCCUGACAGCCUCUCAUCCCAUGCCCAUGACCACACCUUACCACAUGGGAGCCUGGGAAACAUAGUCUAGUUACAGGCCCAGGACAAAGAAGAAACAGCACAGCCAGGCUACAGUUUCAUUUGGUAAUUAUGAGAAGACUGUAAUGAAGUUAAUAACCCUACCUUGAAAUGCUCACUCAAAGGGAAAUCGCUCUCAGUCUUUGCCCUUUUGCUUAUCUUGGUGCACUACCCCUACAAAACCAAGAUCCAGAAAUUUACAGGAUGACAUUGUAACAAUUCACAAGAGGAAUUCAGAAUAGCAGCUUUCCAAAUUUUCCUUUUUCCCUGCUAAUUGUGUGGGCAAUUACAUCAGCCUUGGUAUCAUACACAUUUUUCAUUAAACAUGUGAACAUUGUUUGAUUGACUCUCUGAUGGUUGUUGCUUUGUAACAGAUAAUCUUCAAAAUAGUAGAAACAGAAGAAACAUAAGGACAACUCAGAAGAACUAUGUGAAUUUGGAUUUAGAUUUUUAACCCCCAUGACCCCAUCACAUUCUCUGACUACAUUGCAUAUGUUUCUCUACUGACCAGCUCAAACAUUGUUGUUUGAACCACUGAUGGUGAACAGUAAAGAUCAUCAAAACAGUCAAUAUGCUUGAGUAGGCUCCACUAUAGCCAGGGUUGGCAGUAAUGCAAAUGUUGCUGGAGGAUGUAACCAGUAUGGGACCCUUCUUACAGACCAAUAUCUCAACAUUGAGGAGUUGUUUUGCCUAACACAGCCCCACAGAAGAAGACCUGACCAUCUGCAACCUCAUUCUUCCACAAAUUGACAAUGACUUUCUACAGUAUUCUUUUAGGCACAAACCACUGACUCUGGUCUAAGAAGCUUCCAUUGUAGACGUCCCUGGAACCACCUGGCUGGAUACAUGUGAUAGUAACAAGUUUGACAACAGAGUCUGACAUGAUUCACAAAAAUAUACAUUCCUGUCUGCCACUGGUUUUUCCACAACACUGAAUAUCAUCAUUAAGUCCAGUUAUCCUCUAUCUCCUACACCACAUUGACCCCAGCAAGGGAAUUUGCGUGUCAAAACUGCUGCUCACACACCCAUCCUCUUAGCUGCCAAAACUCAGCAUGUAUUUGUAAUCAAAGCAGAGACAGCCCUAUUUCUCUGUGUCAUUUUCACCCUGCCAAUUCACUGGGCAUCAAGGGUGUAAAAAACUGCCUGGAUAUACCUCCCAUAUAUAAGCACCGUGCUUGUCUGAGAAGGCCUAGAACUCUGUGGACGAACCUUGAAGGAGCCUCCAAGCCUAAACCAAAGCACUAGAGCACCUGAUAUCUUCAUAGCACCAUGAGUGAAGAAUCUGAUGGAAAGCUUAUUGAAGACAGCCUGAUUCAGCUGAGAUGUCACUUUACAUGGAAGUUGCUAAUUGAAGCCCCUGAAAUUCCUGAUUUAGAAAACAGGAUCUGGGAAGAGAUUCAGUUCCUGGAUACCAAAUACAAUGUGGGAAUACACAACCUACUAGCCUAUGUGAAACACUUGAAGGGCCAGAAUGAGGAAGCCCUGGUGAGCUUGAAAAAGGCUGAAGACUUAAUCCAGAAAGAACAUGCCAAUCAAGCAGAUAUGAGAAGUCUGGUGACCUGGGGCAACUUUGCCUGGGUGUAUUACCACAUGGGCAGAUUGGCAGAAACCCAGACUUACCUGGACAAGGUGGAGAAUACUUGCAAGAAGUUUGCAAAUCCUUCCCGCUAUAGAAUGGAGGGUCCAGAGAUGGACUGUGAGGAAGGAUGGGCCUUGGUGAAGUGUGGAGGAAAGAAUUAUGAACGGGCCAAGACCUGCUUUGAAAAGGCUCUGGAAGGGAACCCUGAAAACCCUGAAUUCAAUACUGGGUACGCAAUCACUGUCUAUCGCCUGGAUAACUUUAACACAGCAUCAGGGAGGAAUGAGGCAUUUUCUCUGCACGUCCUAAAACGAGCUGUCAGGCUAAAUCCAGAUGAUGUGUAUAUUAGGGUUCUCCUUGCCCUGAAGCUUCAGGAUGAAGGACAGGAAGCUGAAGGAGAAAAGUAUAUUGAAGAAGCUCUGACCAGUAUAUCUUCACAGACCUAUGUCUUUCGAUAUGCAGCUAAGUUUUAUCGAAGAAAAGGGUCUGUGGACAAAGCUCUUGAGCUCUUAAAAAUGGCCUUGGAGACAACACCCACUUCUGCCUUCCUGCAUUACCAAAUGGGGCUUUGCUACAGGGCACAAAUGAUCCAAAUCAAGAAAGCUACAAACUGGCAGCCUAGAGGGCAAGAUAGGGAAACUGUGGACAGAUUGGUUCAACUGGCUAUAUGCAAAUUUGAAAAGACUAUAAUGUUAAGGCCAACAUUUGAGAUGGCCUACGUUGACCUGGCUGAAAUGUAUGCAGAAAUAGGCCAUCACAGAAAGGCUGAGGAACAUUUUCAGAAAGCAUUACGCAUGAAGAUCUUUGAAGAUCAGCUAAAGCAAGAGAUUCAUUACCGCUACGGCUGUUUCCAAGAGCAUCAUGGGAAAUCUGAAGAUAAAGCAAUUACCCAUUAUUUAAAAGGUUUGAAAAUAGAAAAAAUGUCCCAUUCCAGGGAAAAACUUCUCAAUGCUUUAGAGAAAAUGGCUAAAAGAUGUGUUCACCAGAAUGUACGGGUUGUGGAAAGUGUCAGCCUCCUUGGGCUCAUCCACAAAUUGAAAGGAGAAGUAAGUGACGCCUUGCUGUGCUAUGAGAGGGCUCUGAGGCUGGCUGCUGACCUGAACCCUAUGUUUUAACAUAGAGGUCACCAUUACCCAUUUAAUGGUCUUACAACUAAAUAGAACAACGAUGAAAUUAAAUAAUGCAAACUUAAAGCUGUCGAAACUUUACCUUAUUUUGAGCCUUGAGAGGAAUGUGGCUGUGUGGCCUGAGUUAUGUAGCAUGCAACUGCAACUUCUGCUUUUUCCUGUAAAUGAUCAGGAAAGGCCUUGUGGCACCAGACCUAAGACCCCCUGAAAGUAUCAUCCCUCCUGAUGGAAUGGUAAAGCAAUCUUUCUUGGAAUGUAGCAAGUAGUAACUGAUCAAAUUGCUACAAUGUAUGUACUGACCUUAUAUGGAAAAUGCUGCAACCCUGUUUACUGCCUAUGUAAGUGAAACCUUAACUUCCCCACUUUGGAAUGCUGACUCCAGUCAUUAGGUGUCUGUGUUUCCUGAGUGGUUACCCUCAACCUUUGUGCUCAAAUAAACUCUACACUUAAUCAUA